UCCUACAUGGAUUACGAGGAGGACGAUGAUGACAUCCUCUUCGCCAAAUGGAUGAGUAGUUAUUGGGGUCACAAAGGGAUUGGUGAGAAUGAAAAAGAUGGCAGGAGCCACAAGAAGCGCCAGUCUAGUGCCCUUUCGGAAAGGAGAGCAUCCCUUCCUUGCCCGGCCCAACUGUCUGCUAUGCACGUCACCAGAUUCCAUCUGGUUUCCAAGGCACCAUCUCCGGUAUAUCUGAAGGGCUACAAGGAGACUCGAGACGAUAAGGACAACAAAUGUAACAACCACACCAAAAUAAGCAAAGUGUCCUCGGUGGACGCCUCAGUGCCUGAGAGCAAGGAACAGAAGAAACGAUCAAACUCCAUACAAGAAUUCUCUGAAUUAUUCGAAAAGCAGCUGCGCUUUAAGACAAAACGCUCCACGUCCCUGGGAGAACACUCAAUACCCAGGAGGAACUCGUCCAGCAGAGAGAAGGAUGAAGAAGAGGACCCAUGUGUCAUUUGCCACGACGACCUCCACACUGGCAGUAUUUGGGAAUUGCACUGUAUGCACAGAUUCCAUAAAGAGUGCAUAGGGAAAUGGCUGUGCAAGAAGCAGACAUGUCCCACAUGUCGGGUCCAGCUCAUCACAGCCAAGUCCUUUUUCUUAUACUCUGUUCGGAUGAAAGUUCCGUGAUCAUUGAACAUUCUACAGAAAAGUACAAAUCACUUCUCUAUAAGGAACUAACCAACCGCUUUUGUAACCAGACAGC